CGUAGGUAGAUCUAGAAGGAGGCUGGCGCGAGCGACGUCUCGAGGAAGAGUUGUGAAACUAGCAGACGACAGUCUGCAGGCGUAGUGAGUCGACAGGCCGUCCGAUGUACUUAGAUAGCAAACAUCUAAUUAGUGAACUGACUGCAGACGGUGACGUGAUGCUUGUAAGAUUGAAUAGAUCCGGAGCUGUUACUAGCACGUGUUCGAAUGACAUGUCCAUCAUAGACAAGUGCUAGAGUCUACACUAAGAGGUUUAUCCUGCCAUUAAGGCCAGCUAACAAGAGUGAUUUCCCUUGGAUUAUUGCAUUAUCUCCGCUAGUCGACUCUCUUCCUUAAGAACUGGGAUAGGAAAGGGAGAAAAAAAAAGAAAUAUUUCCACAUCAAGCAGAGUGCGUUUUGUUGGACUCUUGUGUACAGUUGGGAUCAUGUCACUUUCACACCAUCUUAUGUCAGCACUCCUCCUUCUGAGUCAUGUGGCUCUGUCAGUACAAGAUAAUGGAUCAACACAGUCUCCACUAGCAUCAAACAUUUCUAUCAAGGUACAGAAGACUUCAGAGACCGAGCGCAGACGUCACGUGUGUACACAGGAGAAGGAGCUAGCCAUACCAGUGCCCGUAAGACAAAGCUACACUAGGGGUAUAUACAACGCUGAGCUCAACACUAUAACUUACCAAACGGCCUACAGGACGGUCGUCAAAGUCCAGCUCAAAUCUCAAAAGACCAAUGGUUGCUGUCCAGGCUGGGAGAAAAGUUCCCCACACGAGCAGGGCUGCUCUAAACCCAUCUGUCAAGACGGCUGUGAAAAUGGUGGCCAGUGUAUAUCACCUAAUGUGUGUAUGUGUGGAGACGGAUAUACAGGAUACCGUUGUCAAAUAGAAAUCAAUGAGUGUGAAGCAAGACACAAAUGUCAACAAAUCUGUAUCAACACACCAGGAAGUUACGAAUGUGCAUGCCGGGAAGGAUUUAAAGUGUCUGAAGAUGGCUUUGGUUGUGAACUCUGUCUGUCUUGUACCAAAGAAUUUCAAGACAUCAUGUAUCAGAUGGACAGUGUAGCCGAAGUCAGACAAGAAAUCGAUGACAUUCAAGACAUGAAGAACAGAGCCUUGAAAUUUGAAGAGUUUCAGAAAGAUGUAAUUGAACUCAGAGAUCUCAAAGUGCAGAUGAAAAACCUAAAGGAAAACCGUGCCAUCGAGCAAAGCAUAGACAACAUCAAAAUUGAAAUGUCUACCCUAAAAGAAGACCAAGAAAGCGACACAGCAGCUAUGUCGGAGUUGAAGAAUCAGCUCAAAGAACUCCAAGAAGUUAAACACGAGCUUACCACACUGCGUGAGCUGAAAAAGCAAGUUAACGAUUUACAGGAACUUAAGCUACAAGUAAAGGCUUUACAAGAGCUAAAAUCAGAGCUGAAAACUUUGCUGGAAAUGAAAGUUCUAGCUGACACCAUUCCUGAGAUCCAUAAAGAUAUUGAAGAACUGUUUCUCUUGGCGAACACAACAUCCAAGUUGACCAUGAUCAGGUCACAACUGGACAAACUGACCCGUGAUAAGGCUGACGUGGUUCAAGUCCGAGCUGUCAAUCAGUCUUUACAAAUUCUGAGACCUGUAUUAGAAGAAAUUCCAAGGCUGAAGACUCAAGUGGACAGGGUCAUGGAGAUGACGUCAGAGUCUGGAGACGGUGAAGAUUUAAGGAAACAGCUGAUCGAGAUGACGUCACGUGUAAAGCAACUAGAAGAUGAUAAGAAAGUCUUACAGAGUAAUCUAACUUUGAUAAUGACAAAUUACGAGUCUUCUGUCAACGCCUUCCAACACAGAGAGCAAACUACACAAGACUUGAUGACGUCAACGUCUCCCUACGAUAUGUUUGAAACAGACAUGCCCCUAGACAGACUGGCCUCCCUUAGUCAACAGAUUUCAAUAUUGGAAGAAAAAAUGGCACAAUGCAGCUGUGAUGACUAUUCUAGAGGCUAAACACAAGUUGAAGCAUCCAAUGUUGAGAACAUGUUGUACUACUCUUUUCCUUAAUGACCUUUUAGAAUUUAGUUUAUUAUCUUAAGCACAAAAGAUGUCAAUACUAAAAAAAAAAAAAAGAUAGUAAUACCAUUCGUCUGACUGUGCCAUCAGAUAUAUAAAAUGUUUGUCUAAAAAUAACAUGAACCUCAGAUGACCCUGAGCUUUCCUUGUAUACCUAUUUUUGGUAGGAUGGGAGUAUUAGAAUCAGCUCGUGAACCUGUUCAUGUAAGCCCAUGUCGUGAUUUCCCAUGAGUCAGUUGGAUGAAAUGUCAGGCUCAUUGAAUAAUCGCGAUGGCGGGAAAAAACAAAGAUACCUUGUCACCCGAUUCUUUAUCUUCUGUGACGUCUUAUCGCGAUGAUAUGCUUACAUCAUAAAACUAUGACCCCAAAUAGUUUAUUCAUUUUUAGGAAUAGUAUAUAUUUUUUUUCUUUCAGUAAAAGACAAUCCAGUGACAUAGCAACCAUGGCGCAAAGUGGUCAUCUCAGACUUUUGACUACUAGGAGCAUACAGAUGCCAUUGUUGUUUUUAUUGGUAGAAGCAAAGGAUUUUGUGACAAUAGUAAUUAGUAUUAGUAUAGAGAGUUCUCUGACUUGAGAGUGAUGACCAAUGAUAUAUACAUUAUAAUGUCUUUUUGUCUUUGCGAUGAUCAUAAAGGUUAGACCAAUUGGUUUCUGUCACACACAACUUUGAAAAGGGUGGGGACCAAUCUUCACGUACUUAAAAACCACGCCCAUGAGUGAAUUGCUAUGCCAUUGGAUAAAAGUAAAUAUGGUCUCCUGCAUUGCAGAUAUCAAUGUGGAGUGAUAAAUAUUGUAGUUUUUGUUUUAGUUCUCGCCAAAAUCUGCAACAGACUGGUGGUGAAGAGUGUGAAUUGUUAAUGUAUUAUGAGUUUAAAUAUGUCUGUUUUAUACUUGACAUCAUGAUUUCUGUCUAUAUUUUGAAUGGUGAUGUAUGAUUUUGACAUUGAAGUGUAGACAUACAUUGUGAUCUAUAAAAUGUCACUGUGAAAGAUGCGUUUAUAUUUAGACUCAACUCAGAAAAUAUGGGAGUUGUUCAUAUUUAGAACAAAAAAAAGAUAGAGGCCAUUUAAUCGAGCUUUUAAAGGCAAAAUAAAAAAUAAAAGCCAAUGUCUACGAUUCCGAAGAUUACGUCUGAAUGCAGUGUUUCACAUGACUACUUUAAUCAAAUUGCGACAUGCAUAUUUGAUAUAUGACUACUCGUCUAAACCCUCAGACCUCAAGAUAAAAUUUAAAUUUAAAAUGAUUAUAAUUUGAAAAUUUAUAAUGUUCAAACCGAAAUUUUUCUAUGAAGCCAAUUAGCUAGUUUUUUUUUUUUU